CAGGAAUCCUGGCUGUGCUGUCCUGUGGAACUCACCUGACUGACCUUCUCCCAGAUUUGGCUUCUGGACUCUUAUUUUCUUGGCCAUGGCUACUUCUGAUAUCCAAGUGAAGGAGCUGGAGAAGCGAGCCUCUGGGCAGGCCUUUGAGCUGAUCCUCAGCCCCCGCUCGAAAGAAGCCGUGCCAGAGUUCCCUCUGUCUCCCCCAAAGAAGAAGGAUGUGUCGUUGGAGGAGAUCCAGAAGAAGUUGGAAGCGGCAGAGGAGAGACGCAAGUCCCACGAGGCAGAGGUGCUGAAGCAGCUGGCGGAGAAGCGGGAGCACGAGAAGGAGGUGCUGCAGAAAGCCAUCGAGGAGAACAACAACUUCAGCAAAAUGGCAGAGGAGAAGCUGACCCACAAAAUGGAAGCCAACAAAGAGAACCGUGAGGCACAAAUGGCCGCCAAGCUGGAGCGCUUGCGGGAGAAGGACAAGCAUGUGGAAGAGGUUCGAAAGAACAAAGAAGGGAAAGACCCCGGCGAGGCCGAGACCGACUGACUCCCUUCUGGAAACUGACUCUCCCCCUCCUCCAAAUAUCCAAAGACUGUACUGGCCAGUGGUUUUAUCUUUGGUUUUGGUUCGGUUAUAUAUAUAUUUUUUUUUAAGUUUCUUAGAAACUGAUGUAGAACUGUAAAAUUAGAUCCAAACUGUACACUUGCUUUGGGGGCUAGAGGGGAGACCUUCCAUGUGUCACUUUUCUAAAGUGUUGUCUUUCCAGUGUAGCUUUUUCUUCUUGUUGCAUCCUUUUCUACGCCAGUGCACUCGCUCCUGGGUUGAUAGCAAGUACUGUAUCAGCUCUGUAAGACCUUCGUGCAAGGAAUCUGUAAUAACUGUUCCAUGCUGAAUAUCUGUUACACUUCAAACAAAACUCUCUGACUGUCCAGUCUGCUAAAAUACUGCUGUAACCGAGUGACUCAAUAAAGCUGCACAGUGCUGUUA